AUGAGUUUAGACACACAUUUUGAAGACCAAGAGGACGAAGAAGACGAGGACUGUGAGUUUUUAAAUAUUAAUAUUUUAAAAGACUGUUUCCAAUUUUUCAGAUCAACCUCCAAUUGUAUAUCGGGUGAUGUUUUCCAACCGAAGAGACGAUAACAGAGUUAGACUCUUCAGAGUUCUCGAUUCGCCAAAGAACUAUUUUCGAAAUGUGAGUAGAUUUUAAGAAGUUAGGUUCAAAGAAACUUCGUGAAAUUAUUAAUUUAAUGAAACAUCAUAGCUUUUUUUUUAAUAUUUUAACACGAUAUGACAAGACAUCGUCAAAAUACAUGAAUAAAAACCAUACUGAAAUCUCACCCAAACUUAUGAUCAAUCGAGUUAAAAUAAAAAUUUGAAGAUUUAGAAAAUAAAACAUUUGAUUUACCGAGAGAAAUAAAAGACACCUUUUGAAUUUGGCAUCAAAAGAUCAGCUCUUAUCUAUUAGUCCUUCCAUAUAUGCUCCCUGAACACAAAAUUGAAAACCGAAAAUGUUUACAAUAAGAUAAUAAUCCUGUGAACUAUAUUUUGAAUAACUCAAGCACGCUAUUUGUGCACUUCCAAGACAAUUUUUGAACUCUCCCUCUCUCUCUCUCUCUCAAAAAAAAAGAACACCCUUAUUUCCCUCAUCUUUGAAUUUUUUAAUAAAUUUCGAGCCCACUUCAAAACCUCUUUUUGGUUAGUCAAUGACGUCAUUGUUGUUCUUUUUUUUCAUCCAUCUGGGUCAUUUUAGUCAUCAAAAACUGACCACUUUAUAGCUGAAAAAAACAAUUUCAGUCAUUCAUCCUUUUCAUUCAACCAGAGAGUUACUGAAAAUUUCCGAUAAAAAUAAAGAUGACGCGAGUUCAAACACAAAAUGAGGCUAUAUUUCAGAUGUAUUACGUUCAAAAUCUUCCAACAAUAAUCGAAGAAAAUGAAGAGGAAGAAACUGAUCAGAAAGAUGAGCAAAACAAAGAUCAAGAUGAACCGGAAAUUAACGAAUCACAAUAA